UCUUUUGAAAUGAUCGCAAAGCUCGACAGCGUGCUUUUGCCCAGGAAAAAGUUCAUCUACCAUUACAAGAACCUGCGCUGGGCGAGGGGCCGCUGCGAGACGUACCUCUGCUUUGUGAUAAAACGACGAGUCGGUCCGGAGUCGCUGUCCUUCGACUUCGGACAUCUACGCAACCGCAAUGGCUGCCACGUAGAGCUGCUGUUCCUGCGCUACCUGGGAGCCUUGUGUCCUGGCCUCUGGGGUUAUGGGGUCACUGGACAGAACCGAAUCAGCUACUCCAUCACCUGGUUCUGCUCCUGGUCUCCUUGCGCCAACUGCUCCCUCAGACUGGCCCAGUUCCUGAACCAGACGCCGAACCUUCGCCUCCGGAUCUUCGUCUCUCGCCUUUACUUCUGCGACAUGGAGGACAGCCGCGAGAGAGAAGGUCUGCGGAUCCUGAAAAAAGCCGGCGUGCACAUCACGGUCAUGAGCUACAAAGACUACUUCUACUGCUGGCAGACCUUUGUGGCUCGGAGCCAAAGCAAAUUCAAGCCUUGGGACGGGCUAAACCAGAACUCUGUCCGGCUGGCCAGAAAACUCAACCGCAUCCUGCAGCCCUGUGACACAGAAGAUCUAAGAGAUGCCUUCAAGCUUCUUGGACUGUGAACAAACCCGUGGCCUCCUCCGAGUCCAGAGAGUCAACGACGUGUUGGUGUCGAUCCGUCACUACAACUGCUGAACUGAGAAUCUGAAAAAUCUGAGAAAAAAAAAAAAAGGCUUUCAAGCUGUCGCAAGGCUCGUGAAGUAGCAGCCGCUUGCUUUGUCUGUAGCAUCAAGUGUGAAAUAAAAUGAUGUACAAUGAG